AUGAAGCUACCACGACCUCAAUGUGCUAUUUGUUUUGCAACUGCUAAUUACAGCGAACUUUCGGCGCUUUGUUGUGGUCAUACAUUUCAUUUCUUUUGUAUUUUGGAAUGGAUGAAAAAUCGAAGUCAAUGCCCAAUAUGUCGAAUACAGAUAAGUGCAAAAAAUAUGGUUGGCUUAUUAUCAUUUCGAAUUAUAAAGGAUAAUUCAAAUUUUAGAGCUUAUUAUGAGAUGGGAUUGCUAAAAAUGAUUCGUGAUGCUAUCAGAUUUCGUCUUUAUGAACCAGAAUUACACGGUCUAUAUAUAUUUCGAAGAAUUAAAUUGGUUUGGCUUUUCGAAGAGAUGAAAGAAUUUGACUUAAAAAUUGCAAACGAAGAAAUGCAAUGUGCAAUUUGCUUAAAAAUUCUUCAACUCAAUGAAAUUUCUGCAUUACGUUGUGGUCAUACAUUUCAUUAUGAAUGUAUUUUACGAAAAAUUCAAAUUAAACAUAAAUGCCCGGUAUGUGACGAAGUGGCAGGUGCAAAUAGUAUUAUUCAACGUAUAUUUCUUGAUAUCCACGAGAAAAAUGAGAAAAGUUCAAAAAUGGAAGAUACAAGUGAAUUAGUAAAUGAGAUUAGAGGUAAUCUGAGCAAAGUGGAAACAGAACUUGAACUUAUUCAUUUCCGUAUGGAACACAGUUCGGCACUACUACGAGUACUGUCACAUAUGCUAAGCAUUUGUGUCAAAGCUCUUCGAAUGUGA